AUGUCCGGUCCAUCCCAAACUUACAAGGUCGCAGAUAUCUCCCUUGCCGCAUUCGGUAGAAAGGAUAUCGAAUUAUCCGAAAAUGAAAUGCCAGGUUUAAUGUACAUCAGAAAGAAGUACGGCCCAACCCAACCAUUGAAGGGUGCCAGAGUUGCUGGUUGUUUGCACAUGACCAUCCAAACCGCCGUUUUGAUUGAAACCUUGGUUGCCUUGGGUGCUGAAGUCACCUGGUCUUCUUGUAACAUCUACUCUACCCAAGACCACGCUGCUGCUGCAAUUGCUGCUGCCGGUGUUCCAGUUUUCGCUUGGAAGGGUGAAACCGAAGAAGAGUACGAAUGGUGUAUCGAGCAACAAUUGUUUGCCUUCAAGGACAACAAGAAGUUGAACUUGAUUUUGGACGACGGUGGUGACUUGACCAAGAUUGUCCACGAAAAAUACCCAGAAAUGUUGAAGGACUGUUACGGUUUGUCCGAGGAAACCACCACCGGUGUCCACAACUUGUACAAGAUGCUCAAGGAAAACGCCUUGAAGAUCCCAGCCAUCAACGUCAACGACUCCGUCACCAAGUCCAAGUUCGACAACCUUUACGGUUGUAGAGAAUCCUUGAUCGAUGGUAUCAAGAGAGCCACCGACGUUAUGAUUGCAGGUAAGGUUGCUGUUGUUGCCGGUUUCGGUGAUGUUGGUAAGGGUUGUGCCAUGGCCUUGAGAGGUAUGGGUGCCAGAGUCAUUGUCACCGAAGUUGACCCAAUCAACGCUUUGCAAGCUGCUGUCUCCGGUUACGAAGUCAACACCAUGGACAACAUUGCCUCCGUUGGUCAAAUCUUUGUCACCACCACUGGUUGUAGAGACAUCAUCAACGGUGCCCACUUCGAGCAGAUGCCAGAGGACGCCAUUGUCUGUAACAUUGGUCACUUUGACAUUGAAAUCGACGUUGCUUGGAUCAAGGCCAACGCUGUCGAAUGCGUCAACAUCAAGCCUCAAGUUGACAGAUACUUGAUGAAGUCUGGUAGACACGUCAUCUUGUUAGCCGACGGUAGAUUGGUUAACUUGGGUUGUGCCACCGGCCACUCCUCUUUCGUCAUGUCUUGUUCUUUCUCCAACCAAGUCUUGGCUCAAAUCGCUUUGUUCAAGGCUAACGACGCUACCUUCAGAAAGCAAUUCCCAGAAUUCGAAAAGACCGGUCCUUUCGACAUUGGUGUCCACAUCUUGCCAAAGAUCUUGGACGAAACUGUCGCAAGAUGUCACUUGGACCACUUGGGUGUCAAGUUGACCCAAUUGUCUGACGCUCAAUCCGAGUACUUGGCUAUUCCACAGCAAGGUCCUUUCAAGCCAGAACACUACAGAUACUAA